CGCCCCUCUCGGCUCCCGUGACGUCGAACAAUGCUACUAUAGUGCCACGCAGCCCGAGGACCAAACUUGCAACAAUGGCUUUGCGCGCGGGACUCUGCUUUCUACUGCAGGCAUUUGCCCUCCUUCUUAUUCAGUCCUAUGGGCAGAAGGCGGAGGGUCCCCCUGCAGAAGAUGUCCAGAUAGAAAUCGUGCAUGUCCCCGAAGUCUGCGAGCCCAAGAGCAAAAAGGGCGAUCUACUCAAUGCCCAUUACGACGGUUACGUAGGUAGUAAUAAGACCAAGUUUUAUUGCAGUCGCACACAAAAUGAUGGCCAUCCAAAAUGGUUUGUCCUUGGUGUUGGCCAAGUCAUCAAAGGCUUAGAUAUUGCAAUGAUGAAUAUGUGUCCUGGAGAGAAACGAAAAGUGAUUAUUCCUCCUUCGCUUGCCUAUGGAGAACAGGGCUAUGAACCAGCAAAGAUUCCACCCAAUGCAACACUGAUCUUCGAAAUUGAACUGUAUGCAGUAACUAAAGGACCACGGAGUGUUGAAACAUUUUCUCAAAUAGAUCUGGAUAGUGACAAAAAGCUUUCAAAGGAAGAGAUAAACCAUUAUUUGAAGAAAGAAUUUGAAAGAGAUGGCAAAAAGCGGGAUUCUUCUGUUAAAGACACUGUUUUGUUAGAUAUAUUUAAAAGGAAUGACCACGAUGGCGAUGGCUUCAUAUCUGCCAAAGAAUACAAUGUCUACCAGCAUGAUGAACUAUAAAAACAUACUAUUCAAAUGUCUACUUGUUGCUUUAUGGCAGUGGUUCUCAACCUGUGGGUCGGGACCCCAUUUGGGGUCGAAUGACCAUUUCACGGGGGUCACCAAACCAUGCUGUCCGCCAUUUUUUUCCCUUUUCCCUAGCUGUCCUACUCCCUCUUAUUGGUGGCCACACCCACUUGGGGGUCACCACAACAUGGGGAACUGUAUCAUGGGGUCACGGCAUUAGAAAGGUUGAGAAUCACUGCUUUAUGGACUUUGGGGAUCUUGCAGUUUUUAUGGGCCAUGGAGCAUCCACAAGGAGUUCCGCAGCCAUCACAACUGGAUGGCUUGGCUGUACUCGCUCCUCUUCCUAAAUAAGUCUUUGUAGAUGUAUCCAAAGGAAUUUAAAGCUUUGGCUUGGAUUUGAUGAAUCAAACACACAUCGCGCACAAAGGUAUAAUGAAGCAGCUCCUUUGGUUUCACUGAGAUUUAUCCUUUAGAUUUAUAACCACAUUUUAAAGUCUUUUUAGUGUUACAUACCAGUUUAUGUACAUUCACUGUGGUAAUUUUUACACUUUUGUAUUGAGAUUAAAAUUUGUUUCAAUUAUGGUCCUAUAAAGUGCAGCAAAAAAUAAAAUCUGAAAAUGGGG